AUGGGAUUCAUCGAAAAGAUCAAGUCCAGUGUAGAAAUGUGGAGAAUUGAGAAAUAUACCAAGCGUAGACCAGUUACAUCUCCAGAUUUCGAACAAAAAGACCGAGAAUUUUACCGCCAACAUUACAAAGAUGGCGUAUACCUGCAUCAACAACCAGGUGGCGCUCCUAAUACAAACAGUAGUAGUGGUGGUGUCAUAAAUUCUAUUAGCAGAAGAACCACGUUAUUACGAACAAAAAGCGAGAAAAUUAUGCGUUCUUCUGAGAAUUACAACAAUACAGCACGAUGA